AUGGCGGACGAGAAAACGAAAACCCAAAACAACACCAGGCUGGCCAUACUGGAGCUCGCCAAUAUCAUCAACGUCCCGAUGUCCCUCAAUGCCAUCGUCUGCCUCAAGGUCGCUGACGCCAUCCAGCAAGGUAGCUCCAACGUCCCUCUCUCCGCCUCCGAGAUCUUAGCAUGUGUCCUCCCAACCGGUGAUCCCGACAACCUCCAGUGCAUCCUUCGAAUGCUCACCAGCUACGAUGUCUUCUCGGAGCACAUCGUCGACGACUCCUCGAAGCAAAUGCAGAAGGCCAUGUCGAGGGUAUCCGUGUCGUUCAUGUUGUUCAUGAAGGCGAUAUUAGAGAGCUACGAUGGGUUCAAAGGGAUGAGUGCCAAAAUGUUAGAAACAUUCGCAUGA